AUAUUUACUAAAUCUUUAGAUCUCGACUUCAAAAUUUUUUCACGUUCUCUUUGGAUCAUUCAUUUCAGACCCCAUGUCGCUGUACAGCCUGCAACUGUACCCUGAUCUGCAGCCCCGUAUGGUAGACCCGCUCUGGUUCGACGUCGACCGUCCCGUCGACAUGAACGCUGAGCUCAAGGAGCUGGAGCAGCAAGAGAAGGGCCGCCUGCUGGCUAUACAACAACACGGCAAAGACAUCCUCCCCAUCGGCAAGGCUACUCACGAUAACAGUGAUGACGAUGAUGACGAUGCCAAUGAUGAUGACUACGAUGACGAUGAUAAUGUCGAUGAUGAAGAAGAGGAUGAUGACUCAGAAAUGAAUGAUGAUUAUUCAGAGGCUAUUGAAUGA